AGAUCUGACUCACUAUUACGUGUCACGCACAGUUCAUUAGCUUCUCAAAUCUUUUGUCUUUAUUCGAUUUAAAAGUUGAUGUACUCUGCAUCUGAUUGUUUUGCUCGUGUUUUAUUACCACGUUGUGGUUGAAAUUUGACGGCGGAAGUUCAUGGUGGGGUAUGAAGCCAGUUGGAUUCAGAUUUUUUUGCCAAGUUGAUUGCUUUCUAGCUGAUUCAUUGAAAAUAACGUUCCUUUUUAAAAACCCAUUUGUUAUCAUUGUCUUCUCAAAACGUAUGAUCUGGUUUUUCAAAAGUGAGUCUGGUUGAGUUCUAUGUGUUUGUGAAAAUGUGAAGGCAAGAGAUUUUAUGAAGAAAGAUGGUUGCGGCGAAAGAGAACAAGUUUCUGACAGUGGCACCUUUUGAGUGUGCUUGGAGUGAUGAUCUGAAGUUCCGGGAAGCGGGAAGAGGUUGUGUUGCGUUUGAUGCGUUUGCUCACAAUGAUGUCACGGUGGUGUUUAGAGAGAAUGUGGGGACUCAACAUUACCAUUAUAAGAAAGAUAAUAGUCCUCACUACAUUGUUAUCAUUGGUAGCAAUAGGAAUCGUAGGUUGAAGAUUCAGGUAGAUGGAAAAUCUGUGGUCGAUGAGGAAGCUUCUGAUCUUUGUCGUUGUUCUUUGGAGUUUCAGAGUUACUGGAUUAGUAUCUAUGAUGGGUUGAUUAGCAUUGGUAAAGGUCGGUAUCCGUUUCAGAACCUGGUAUUUAAGUGGCAAGACCCCAAGCCCAAUUGUAAUGUUCAGUAUGUUGGUCUGAGCAGCUGGGAUAAACAUGUUGGAUAUAGAAACGUGAGUGUGUUUCCUGUGACACAUAAUCAUAUCUUGCUGUGGAAGCAAGUGGAUUGCCGUGAAGUUAGAGGAGAUGAGUCUGGUGACGAGAAGGUUGUGGAGGAAGGGACUGGUUAUGAUUAUGAACAAUGGGGACUUGGGAAUUUCUUGGAGAGUUGGCAAUUAUCUGACACAGUCUUCCUUGUUGGUGAAGAGGAAAUGGAUGUCCCUGCUCACAAGGUUAUAUUACAAGCAUCAGGUAAUUUUCCUUUGAGAUCAUCUGAUGGGGAUGUCAUUCAACUUCGUGGAGUGUCGUACCCGAUUCUUCAUGCUCUUCUUCAAUAUAUCUAUACUGGACGAACUCAGAUUUUGGAAUCAGAACUUGCUCCAUUGCGGGAUUUAAGUUCUAAGUUUGAAGUGAUGUCAUUGGUGAGACAGUGUGAAGAAAGUAUAGACCAUUUUAAAUUGAGCAAAACAGCAUUUGACUCCUGCAGAAAAGUCAAACUCUUGUGUCCUAUUUCUCACCCGUUAUCUGGCUUUAUGUUCCCAAGUGCUUUCCCUGUUGAUGUUGGGAAGCUGGUAAAGUUGUACUCAACCGGCGAAUAUAGUGACAUAAAAAUCUACCUCAGUGACCAUAGUCUCACUUUCCAAUCCCACAAAGUCAUUCUAAGUCUUUGGAGUGUUGCAUUUGCAAAGAUGUUUACAAAUGGGAUGAGUGAAAGCCAUUCAUCAACGAUUUACCUAACCGAUGUAUCACCAGAAGCAUUCAAGGCUAUGAUGAAUUUCAUGUAUAGUGGAGAGUUGAACAUGGAAGACACUGUGAAUUUUGGCACCGAGUUGAUUCAUCUUCUCUUUCUAGCUGACCGGUUUGGAGUUGUUCCACUUCAUCAAGAAUGCUGCAAAAUGCUCUUGGAGUGCCUCUCAGAGUGGGUUGCGGUUUCAAGCCUUCUGAAACUAAAAGAGAAAAGAAACGAAAUACCACAUUCAAACUACAGAGUAAAAAGAAUAUUAAUAUUGUGUCAUGUAUAUAUUACAUGCAGGGAUGGCGUUCCGUUUUGGAAGAAGGAUUCUGUAUGCUCAGUUCUCCAAGUGGUUUCGUCUAUCUCAUCAUGUAAACUCAUUGAGGAGAUGUGCAAGAGGAAGUUCUCCAUGCACUUCGACUAUUGUACCACUGCAAGUUUGGACUUUGUCUUGUUAGAUCAGACCACCUUCAGUGAUAUUCUUGAGUCUGCAGAUCUGACGGUGACAUCUGAAGAAAAGAUUCUGAAUGCUGUUCUCAUGUGGUGCAUGAAAGCUGAGGAGUCGCACAGUUGGGGAGUAAUAGAUGAGAUGAUGAACUAUGCUGACCCCAAAAGUUUGUUCAAAGAAAGGCUUCAGUCACUUGAUGACCUGUUACCUCAUGUACGCUUCUCUUUGUUGCCAUAUGAGUUACUUAAAAGGUUAGAAAACAGCAACCUAAGCAAAGAAAUCCCAGUAUUCAAUCGUCUUUUGAAGGAGGCUGCUAGCUUCCUAACAUCCGGAUUGAUAUCCCCAGGAAAUGAACCGAUUUCAAGAUUCCAACAUCGGAGAUCGAGUUUCAAGGAGCUUCAGUACAUACGUGAUGGGGACAGCAAUGGGGUGCUGCACUUUGUGGGUACAUCUUAUGGUAGUCAUCAGUGGGUCAACCCCGUUCUCGCAAAGAAAAUCAACAUUACAUCGAGUAGUCCCACAUCCAGAUUCACUGAUCCAAAGGCUUUGGCUUCAAAAGCCUAUGCGGGUACUUCCUUUGCAGGGCCUAGGAUGGAAGACGGCCAUAUAUCAUCCUGGUGGGUGGUGGACUUAGGCGAAGAACAUCAGCUUAUGUGCAACUAUUACACCUUCAGACAAGACGGAUCAAGAGCAUUCACAAGAUUCUGGAAGUUUCAGGGAUCGAUGGAUGGGAAAACAUGGACAGACUUGAGAGUCCAUGAGGAUGACCAAACAAUGUGCAAGGCCGGUCAGUUUGCAUCAUGGCCAAUCACCGCAGCAAAUGCAUUACUCCCCUUUAGGUUUUUCAGGCUGGUUCUGACCGGUCCAACUGCAGAUACAUCAACUCCGUGGAACUUUUGCAUUUGCUACUUGGAGCUCUACGGUUACUUCCGUUGAAGCGCUCUGCAAUGAAUGACCUUUUGACUGUUUCUACUACACACGUUUUUGACGUUUAUCCUGUUUACCUUUUGUUCUUGUACUACAGUGAUCUUUGAACCUGAAAGUGUUUCUCAAUAUAUGUUAAACUUGAUUCCAGUUAGAUUGUUUUGGUUUUUAUACAAGAGAUUUGGCCUAUGGCUGUGGAGUAAUGAGUUAUACUUUGUUUU